AUGGAGGGCCCUUCAAGUCUGAAAGGCCCAGGUGUAACCUUCAAGUCAUCCACAACACCUGCAGUUCGAGCACUUGGGCAAGAAUCCGGCAAAGAGGAGGAACUCGACAGGAUACACGCCCAACCGGGACCCUUUGACUCCCACGGUGUCAUCAAACCAUCCAAAACGCACACGGGAUUCUUCUCUGAGCACGGCCACUCCCUCUCUCACGUCCGACCCAUUACCAAGCAUCCUGGUUCAUCGGUCACAACAUUCUUCAGUGGUUUAUUCACCACGAUCAUCGGCAUAUCGACGCUCGGUGCCAGUAUUACCUUCUCCUAUGUCUUGUCCAAUAACACCUCCACCCCACGAGCAGGAAAGCCAGUCUUCAGGGUGGAACAGAUACAAGAGUUCCUGGCCAUCAGCUGGCUCUUAUUCCUUCUUGCGUUGACUAUAGCCUCACUUGGCUCGACUAUCUUGACCUUCUUCAAAGACCAUUGGAUUGCAGACUGGGACGGGCUGAACGGGAAAACUUCGCAACAGAGUGUUCAGAGGUACGCUAUGGUUGCUGCUGGACUGAUGGGCGGUCUCAUUAUCGGUGCGUUCGUGUUGCUGUGCCUGGUGGUUGUUGCAUACACCGCUGUGGUCGGCUGGAUUGCCUUGGGGUUUACCAGCCUUGUUGGAGUUAUCAUCUUUCUGGCACUGAUGAAUCAAGCUCCGUGGCCGUGGCGGAAUAACACGCCGUCUCCGAGCCGAAGACAUCGCAGCGCAGGUGGCCACGACGAACGUGAUACCGAGGAAGGACCUUGA